AGUUAGGAGUAAAGGAGGGCUUCAGCUUGUGCCUCGACAGAAACGGUGGAAGAUGGUCAAAGCAAACAAGAAAGUUGCUGCGUUUGUUAACGGGGCCCUUUUGGUCUCCCUCCUCCUCCUCUUUGCCAUCAACAUGGCCGAGGGAAAGCUGUUUGGCGUUGGGUAUCUAAAAUCAACCUUGCGCUGUGAGACUGUUUAUGGGGUGCAGAGUGGCAACACAUGCUUCAAAGUCCAGCAACAAUUCAACCUAACCGCCGAAGAGUUUGGUGGCAUCAACCCUAAUCUCGACUGUGACAAUCUUUUUGUGGGCCAAUGGCUGUGCGUUAAUGGAACUGCUUGAGUUGAAGGGCUCUAUCAAGAGAUGGAAUGUUCAUUUGCUACUUAUGGAUAAAAGGAAAUUGAUUCCUCUUCAAGAAGUACUUUGGUCCAUAUUUCUUUCUAUUAGCCAUGAAUUAUAUGUUGGUUUUGUUACCAUGGUCCCCAAGUAGUUUUAUUAGAAUGCUCCCACCCAUCGUACACUCGUAUGAUUUGGUUC